AGUUGAUGUUCUGUGGUUGGUUGUUUAAUUUUUGAAAUUUGCAAAGACAAACUGCCUUUUCAACAGAUAAAUGUAAAAAUAUUGUUGUAUAAAACAGAACAAAAAAACGAGGAUGUUGUUAAGAAUAUAAAACAAUGGAAUCUGAAAAUCAAGAUGAAAAGAAACCUUAAAGUAUUCUGUUUGAGAACAUUCCGUUACUAAUAUUCUGACAAAUAAAGUCGCUUGAAAAAUGAGCUCACUAAGACGUUUUCUCAAGAACCUGGCCGAUAAUUUGAUAUUGACAAGAAGCAAGGACAGUCGUCCUUUCACUGUUAUAGUGGAAGGCAAUAUCGGUUCAGGCAAAACUACAUUUCUCAAUUAUUUCAAGAAGUUCAAGGAAAUUUGUGUGUUAUCUGAACCAAUUGAAUUAUGGCGAGAUUGCAAAGGGCACAACUUGUUGAGUUAUAUGUAUGCUGAUCCAAGGCAAUGGUCGCUAACAUUUCAGUCAUAUGUUCAACUAACGAUGCUGAAUCAUCAUACUCUUCCUACCGAUUGCCCAAUCAAAAUGAUUGAAAGGUCAAUAUAUAGCGCUAGGUAUUGCUUUGUUGAAAAAAUGAUGAGAGAUGGAAUCCUAAGUGAGCCAUCGGCUGCUGUUAUUGACGCAUGGUUUCAAUGGCUCACUAGAAACACAGCUGUCAAGGUGGAUCACAUUGUAUAUCUCAGAUCACAACCUGAAGUUGUGUACCAGAGAAUGCUAGAAAGAAAUAGACCAGAAGAGAAACCUAUAUCACUAGAAUUUCUUCAAAGCUUACACCAGCUUCAUGAAGAAUGGUUGUAUGACAAAGUUUCACAUCAUUGUCCAGCAACUGUGUCAAUAAUAGACGCGAACUUAGAUUUAGAACUCGUAAAACAAGAAUGUGAGAAAAUAAAUGAAAAAACUUUAAAUCCUAGGAAAAUAAUUAUAUAGAUAAGCGUGCUUGAGGCAAAUUGCAUUUAAUAGGAUUAUCAAUAGAUUUUAUAGACCAAA